CAGUCCGCCUCUGUGCACCCUCCAUGGCACCCCACGCAGCUGCACUACUGGCCCUCAGCCUGCUGACUCUCUCGACCUCCCCUGCUCUGGGUGGUGCUAACGACGCUGAAGAUUGCUGCCUGACUGUGAACCAGCGCCCCAUCCCUGGGAACAUCGUGCGAGCCUUUCGCUACCUCCUCAUCAAGGAUGGCUGCAGAGUGCCCGCCGUUGUGUUCACUACGCUGAGAGGUCGCCAGCUCUGUGCACCCCCAGACCAGCCCUGGGUGGACCGCAUCAUCCGGAGACUGCAGAAGAACUCUGUAAAGAGCAAGCGCCACAGCAGUUAGCGCACGACAGCCCCAGAGGGAGCCCUGUGUCUGAGUGAAGGGACAUGAACCACCGUGGCCCUGGGGAACCCUGGACCAGAAGGGAGAAUCAGGCCUCCAGCUCCCCUGCACCAGACCUGACCCAGCCAGGGCGAGCCUGGAGUGUCCGUGUGAGUGUGAGUGAGAGUGAGGGGUUGAAUGUGGUGGGAGCACAGCUCCUCCUCGCCCAGACUGCAAUGCUUCCAAUAAAGCCCACUGGCACCCA